AUGUCUGGUCGUUUCGUCCGUUCAUCCAAGUACCGACACGUCUUCGGGCGGUCCACAAGAAAGGACCAAUGCUACGAUAACCUCCGAGUCUCUAGAAAUGCCUGGGAUACCAACCUCGUCAAAGUUAACCCCCGUUAUCUUUCCGUCAACUGGGAAGCAGGUGGUGGAGGUGCUUUUGCCGUUAUUCCUUUGGAAGAACGAGGCAAAUUGCCGGAAAAGAUCCCAUUGUUUCGUGGGCAUACCGCCGUUGUGCUGGACACCGACUGGAACCCCUUCAAUGAUGAUCUGAUUGCCUCCGGUUCUGAUGACGGGAGGGUGUUGCUCUGGCGAGUACCAGAGAAUUUCACUCUUCGCCCUGAUGUUGACCCCGACGACAUUCAGGAUAUUGCCCCCGUGGGCAAAUUGAGUGGACAUGUUUUGUUUAACCCCGCAGCCGAAAACAUCUUGGCCACAGCCUCCGGUGAUUUCACAGUCAAGGUCUGGGAUAUUGAAGCUGGCGCCCCCAAAUUCACCUUAAACCUUGGCGACAUCGUGCAGUCACAAUCCUGGAGUGCCAACGGUUCUCUCUUGGUUACUACCUCUCGUGACAAAAAGCUACGGCUGUGGGAUGUGCGUCAGGAGCGCCCUGCGCAAGAGACGCAAGGCCACUCAGGAGCGAAGAACAGCCGUUCGGUAUGGCUGGGAGAGCGCGACCGGAUCGCAACCACCGGUUUCUCCAAGAUGAGCGAUCGCCAGCUAGCAUUGUGGGAUAUCCGUGCACCACGGGAGCCUAUCAAUGGAUUCAAGACACUCGACUCGAUUUCUGGUGUGUGUAUGCCAUUCUGGGAUGAUGGCACGCAGUGUCUGUACUUAGCCGGCAGAGGUGAUGGUAACAUCCGCUACUUUGAGUUGGAAAAUGACAAGUUUGAGUACCUCGCUGAAUACAAGUCUUCCGAUCCCCAGCGUGGAGUUGCAUUCAUGCCCAAGCGGGGCGUCAACGCCCACGAGAACGAGGUUACCCGUGCUUUCAAGACGGUCAACGACUCUUACAUUGAACCUAUUUCCUUCAUUGUUCCUCGGCGUGCGGAAUCGUUCCAGGACGAUAUUUACCCCCCGACAAUUGGUCUGACGCCUGCUAUGGGGCCCGCCGAUUGGAUCGCUGGCAAGGAGGCCAUUCCCCCGAAGAUCUCCAUGGCUAGCCUCUAUGAAGGUGAGGGUCUGAAGGAGGUUACCGGUGUGCAGGACAAGCCCACAGCUACCAUGAGCGCUCCUGAACCCUCGCCCGCGCCAAAGCCGGUGGAUUCCUCCGUGAAGAAGGCUUCCGAGCCAACCCGGGAACCCACACCUGUGGCCAAGCCGGCGCCUUCUAUGAAGGAACAGGGUGCUUCAAUGGCAGCCAUGGUGUCCAAGUUUGCCGACAAGGAGGAUGAGGAAUCCGAGCCUGCGGAAGAAUCCAGCUUUGAUGAGAUACCCAAGCCGGUUGAACAGCUCUCACGUUCAACGGACAGUCUCUCGAAGGAGGAACCCAAGACACAGCCCAGUCCUCCCAAGGUCGCGACCCCAGUUGCAGAGCGCGCCUCUCCCGCCAACACUCCAGCUGCCACCACUCCCACCGUUCCCGCAGGACCCACCCUCACCAGCACUGCCGCUGUGGCGGCCGACGCCAUGCAGCGAGAGGUUAGCAGCAUCAAGGAGCUGAUCGCCGAGCAGACCAAGACCAUCGCGUUACAGGCGGAGCAGAUGCAGACUCUCACUGCGGAGAUUGAAUCCCUCAAGGCUAAGCUGGGCUAG